AUGGCAGCAUUGGCCAUGCCCGAGGUUUGGGGUCUUGGAACGCACCUUGCCGGUGAGCCUGCUUCUCGAAAGCGAGGAGUGUCGCUGAGUGUGGCGGUGGGGGUCAUCCGUCGGGCUUUCCCCGACGCAGACCUCUCCUUCCGCGUGGUUGUGCUCCAAGAGCCGCCAAAGCAGGCCAUGAUCCAAUUUCUAGAGCGCGAGAAUGCCGGGUUGCCGCUGGCCGAACGGCCUCCGCGCCUUGCCAGGGUUCAACUUUUUGUCGAUGGGACUCUGAACGAGGUCGUGGUUGACCUUGGGCUGGGGUCUAUGGUUUCCAACGAAGUGCUUGACGGUCGCCAUUCCUACAUAGACACUGUCUUUAUGCAGAAUGUCGCCGCCGCCUGCUUGGCCGACCCCAAGGUCCAAGAAGAGAUCCGCAGCCUGGAUCUUCCGCCAGGGGCCACCGUUGUGGUUGAGCCUUGGGCGUACGCCACAGACGGCCUCAACGACAUGAAGGAGAGGCAAACUAUGGCAUGGUUCUAUAUGCGUCUGUCCGAUAAUCCAGACGCCAAUUACUACGCAUACCCUCUGGACAUCUGCGCAGAGGUGACGAGCGAUCUAAGAGUUCGGGAGAUCUACCGACUCCCUUCGGGUGAGCACGACAAGAUUCACACGGAGAAGAGAAAGUUCGACCGCCGGCGCAUCCAUUCCGACAGUGAAUACCACCCCGACCUCGCUCAGGACAGCAGAACCACCACCAAGCCCUACCAUAUCAGCCAGCCAGACGGUCCAUCCUUCGCCGUGGAUGGUCACCGGAUAAGCUGGGAGAAGUGGACGAUGCGGGUGGGCUUCAACUACCGAGAAGGCAUGACGCUUCACGAUAUCCGUUACGAGGGCCGCAGCUUGUUCUACCGCCUCUCACUGGCCGAAAUGUUUGUCCCCUACUCCGACCCACGCCGCCCGUACCCGCGCAAGGCCGCCUUUGACCUGGGGAACGACGGCGCCGGGCUCAACGCCAACAACCUGGCCCUCGGCUGCGACUGCCUCGGCCACAUAAAGUACCUGGACGGUUGGCUCGUCACAGCCGGGGGAGAGCCGCUGAGGAUGCCUAAUGUGAUCUGCUGCCACGAGGUCGACGACGGCAUCCUCUGGAAGCACACAAACUUCCGCACGGGCAACGCUGUCGUGACGCGCUCGCGCGUGCUGGUGCUUCAGACCGUCAUCACGGUCAGCAAUUACGAGUACAUCUUCCUCUUCUACUUCCAGCAGGACGCGUCGCUGUUUUACGAGGUGCGCGCCACCGGCAUCAUGUCCACGGCCCCCGUCGACAUGGACGAGCCGGACCCGCCGUCCUUUGGAACCGUGGUCGCCCCUGGCGUUCUCGCCCCGUCCCACCAGCACCUCUUCUGUUUGCGCAUAGACCCCGCGGUCGACGGGCACCUCAACUCGCUCGUCGUCGAGGAGACGCACCCGAUGCCCUUUGACGGCUCGUCGGCCGCGACGCCUGACGAGAGAAACCCGUUCGGGAUCGGAUUCUCGACCAAGUCCGAAUACGUCACGGAUGAGUGCGGGCUAAACCUGGACUUCAGGACCAACAGGGUGUUCAAGAUCGUCAACGAGGGCAGGACGAACGAAGUCACGGGGACGCCGGUCGGGCUCAAGCUGCUGCCAUGCUACAGCCAGAUGCUGCUGGCGCACCCGGGCUCGUGGCACGCCCGGCGGUCCGAGUACGCGUCGCACGCCGUGUGGGUGACGCGCCACGCCGACGACGAGCUCUUCCCCGCCGGCAGAUUCACGAUGCAGUCCCUCGGCGGCGAGGGCAUCUCGUCGUGGAUUGAGAAGCGGAGGGCGGCCGGGGCCGACGCGGCCACGGGCUCGACGUCGACUUCGGUCCGCAACGCCGACAUUGUGGUCUGGCACACGUUCGGCUCGACCCACAACCCGCGGGUCGAGGACUGGCCCGUGAUGCCUUGCGAGAAGAUGGUGGUUGGGCUCAAGCCGGUCAACUUCUUCACGCGGAACCCGGCUUUGGAUGUUGCGAUAUCCAGGCAGGAGCGCAACUGCAGCGUCCUUGUCCAGGAUGGAGCUGCCGCUACCCAUGGUGCGACAUAA